AUGAAUUGCUAUGGGAAGUAUGCAGCUGUCACGUUGACUAUUUUGUCUGUAUUUCUACAUCUUCUUCACACUUUCCCAGAUGGAGAAUUUCUCAUGCAGGGCUGUCCUGAGUGCAAGCUAGGGGAGAACAGAUUCUUUUCCAAGCCAGGUGCACCUAUUUACCAGUGCACUGGGUGCUGUUUCUCCCGUGCCUAUCCCACUCCAAUGAGGUCCAAGAAGACCAUGCUUGUUCCAAAGAACAUUACAUCAGAGGCAACAUGCUGCGUAGCAAAGGCUUUUACCAAGAUUACCCUUAAGGACAAUGUGAAGAUAGAGAACCAUACAGAUUGUCACUGCAGUACCUGCUACUAUCAUAAAUCCUAA